GUAGUUCACGGUCAUCACCGGAGAUCUUCUCAGAAGUUUGGAGUCGGAAAGGGAGGGGUGAGGAAACCGAGUGGUCUUUGUCAGUGUAGUCUCGUUGUUGUGUUUUUACAAGAAUUGUCAACAAAGACAGUAAGGUUAUUUUACACAACAAUAGAGACCAUUUCGUUGGCUACAGUUUUUCUAACCAUAUGCGAUAUUUAUUUUCUCUAAAACGGCAAAAAGUGUAUCCUGUUUAAAUAUUGAUGGGAAGCUUCUCAACGUUCGUCAACAAUGGCCAUCAACACAGACGUCGCCUAUGAAAAAGACAUGCUAGGGGAGAGUGAGAGCGGAACUCCUCAUCAUGCGGUCUACAAAGAUACACAGAAACUUCUGGGUGUGUCAGCCUCGGAGGAGAGUGAAGGACACUCUUUGAAACCUUUGGAUUCACUUUCUCUCAGUAUACGAGGCAGUGUGAGGUCACUGAAUGCUGAACAAAACGGACGCAGAUCACCUAUGAAGUCCGGAUCUAUUGGAAACAUAGCGGUCCCGUCCCCUUCUCCGUCUCGGCUCAGCUUUAGUCGCGCAUCAUCUCCCGGUCCUCAGGCACCCGCUCCGCCUAAUUAUCUUUGGCUCGCAUUGCUAUCCUGCUUUUGUCCUAGUUUCCCAUUAAAUUUGUUCGCGCUUUAUUAUUCACACACGUCACGGUCACUGCAGCAGGUUGGGGAUGAUGAUGGUGCAAGACGGUUGGGAAAACUUGCACGACUUCUGAGCAUCAUUGCCAUCCUUGUCGGUGUAGCUGUUCUCCUCUAUAUCAUAAUUGGAGAGGCAAAUGGCAUAUUUUGAAUUGAACAACAAUGUGAGCAAAUGUGUCCAAAGAAAUGGGUGGAGGAUAAAGAUAAUUAUGCUUUUGCUUUGUUUAAUUAUAUUGAAGAAAUUUCGCCAAGAAAAGGGCGAGUUAUGUCUACAAGGGUUAUGUUGAUUCCCCAAACAAGACCAGGCCAAGCCACAGGGUAUACAUCAUCAUUCAAAAAGUUGUGUUCGAAAUGUUCACUCGUUCACUACUUAAUCAGCCAUAUAGCAAGCACUAGUGAGUGAGUUAGUGAACGAGAGAACAUUUCAAACACAGCUAUAGAUACACACCUCUGUAGCAAAGCUACACAAGCACCCGAAUGGUGUGCAAGAUGCUGAUAACUUUGACUACAGAGUUUCAACCAAAGAUGGAUACAAAGAGGAUGUUUAAAGCUAGUGUGUUUUCUAUUUUUUAUAUGUCAAUAGGUGUGUCUCUCUCUAUAUGUAUGUGUGUGUGUGUGUGUG